AUGCCUCACUGUGUGUCCUCUGCCAGCGCCGACGCAUCCGUGGCGGCCGAGUCACUGGCGUCCCCGCCGCCAGAUGCGCCUCUGCCCUACUGGCUGGUCAAUGUGCCACGCGAGGAGUGGCCGUCCGAAUGCCCCGAGUUCCUUCGCGACCUCCCAGAGAAAUCAAUUCGCGUGCUGGCGACGCCCGACUCAGAGUACGUCCGACUGGACUGGCCCGCGGUGCGGCACUUCGUAGAGACGAACCAGAUCAAUCGAUUUCUGCGGCUGCCGUCGGAUUUGCGCCGGUACCUGGAGUACAUGGCCCAGAUCAAGGCGCAGUACGGCUCGGUGCUAGACUUCAUCAUCCAGGAGCGACUUCGCUGGGACAGUUUGGAACCUACGUGUCCAACGCCGUUUGCGUACCCUGGCGACUACAAGGUGCUAUACAAUGACUGGCCGUACGGCAUCGACGCAGAUAUCGUCCAUCUGGUCGUGUGGACGAAAUUCGAGCUCCAAGACGACCCACAGACAGACGACCUGACAGUGCAGGCCCAGCGCGAAAUCGACGAGUUUGUGGACGGCGUAUUUCGAUCGCGAGUGCCGGGCGAGCAGGUGGUGUGGUUCAAGAACUGGAGGUCGCUGAAGUCGAUCCAUUCUGUUGAGCAUUUCCACGUUAUGCUGAAGGCGCCGGAUAUGGGGUUUGUGCACGAGAUCACUGGCGGUGACGUGCCGCUGGCUGAAAAGCUGCGUGGUGUAGCUCGUGGCUGUGCUGCUUGA